GUCACUGCUCGGCGCGUACGACGAUUGAAAGUUUAUUAUCUGUCUGCGCGACUCCGGAAGUGCUUGUUCCGGCGGACGGGACCACGGCACGUCUGCAGAAGCCGGACAUGGACUCGGUGGUCUUAGAGGAUGUGGCUGUAAACUUCACCCAGGAAGAGUGGGCUUUGCUGAGUGCUUCUCAGAGGAAUCUCUACAAAGAUGUGAUGCUGGAAACCUUCUGGAACUUGGCCUCAGUAGAUUGGUGUAUUCAAGUUAAAACCACUGGUUCAAGUCCUCAGCAGGAUAUAUUUGGAAAUGAAAUCUCCAAUGAUGAGGAAAGAAAAAAUUUCAUGACAAAGGAUUCCUUGUCUGAUUUGGAAGAAAAAAGGAAACUUCAUAACAUUGAAGAUCAGCCCCAAAUCCAGAAGAAGCAUUCAAGGGAACGUGUAAGUGGUCACAGAGGACAGAAAAUCCCUGCAUGUGAAGUAUGUGGGAAAACCUUUAUGCAUUUCUCCUCCCUUAAACUGCAUUUAAGACGUCACAGUGAAGAGAAACCUUACGAAUGUAAAGAGUGUGGGAAAACCUUCAGUUGUUACUCCUCCCUUCAUGGACAUGAGAAAAAACACAGUGAACAGAAAACUUAUGAAUGUAAGCAGUGUGGCAAAGGUUUCAGUUGUCCCAGAUACUUUCAACAACACAUGAAAAUACACAGUGGAGAGAAACCUAAUGAAUGUAAGCAGUGUGGCAAAGUCUUCAUUUGUCCGAAAUACUUUCAAAAACAUGUGAAAAUGCACAGUGGAGAGAAACCCUACGAAUGUAAGCAAUGUGGGAAAGGCUUCAUGGUUCUCUCAUACCUUGAAAGCCAUGUAAGAACACACACUGGAGAGAAACCCUUUGAAUGUAAACAAUGUGGGAAAGCCUUCAAUUGGCCCAACUCCUUACAAGCACAUAUGAAAACACACUCUGACGAGAAACCCUAUGAGUGUAACCAAUGUGAGAAAACCUUUAUGCAUUCCUCCUCCCUUAAAUUACAUUUAAGACGGCACAGUGGAGAGAAACCCUAUGAAUGUAAGGAAUGUGGGAAAGCCUUCAGUUGUCCCACAUACUUUCGAGAACAUGUGAGAAUGCACACUGGAGAGAAACCCUAUGAAUGUAAGUAUUGUUGGAGAGCCUUCACUUUUUACUCAUCCCUUCAAGAACAUGAGAGAACACAUACUGGAGAGAAACCCUAUAAAUGUAAGCAGUGUGGAAAAGCCUUCACUUGUUACUCUGCCCUUCACGGACAUGAGAAAACACACAGUGAACAGAAACCUUAUGAAUGUAAGCAAUGUGGAAAAGGUUUCCGUUGUCCCAAAUACUUUCGAAUACAUGUGAAAAUGCACAGUGGAGAGAAACCCUAUGAAUGUAAGGAAUGUGGAAAAGUCUACAGUAUGUCUGCAAACCUUAGACAACACAUGAGCACACACACUGGAGAAAAACCCUAUGAAUGUAAAGAAUGUGGGAAAACCUUCCCUUGGUUUGCCUCCCUACGACAACAUCUGAGAAUGCACUCUGGCGAGAAACCCUUUGAAUGUAAAGAAUGUGGGAAAGCCUUCCCUUGGCGUAACUCCCUACGAUUACAUAUGAGAAUGCACUCUGGUGAGAAACCCUAUGAAUGUAAGCAGUGUGGGAAAGCCUACAAGUAUCCCGAAUCUCUUAAAGAACAUCUGAGAAAACACACUGGAGAGAAACCUUAAGGAUUCAAGGCAUGUUAGAAAGACUCUAGUCACCUUGAAAGCCUUGUUUUACACACAAGAACACACACUGGAAAAAAAAAAAUCCUUAUCAAUGUAAAGAACAUGGGAAAACCUACAGGUAUAUCAAUUCUCUUAUUUGUAUAUGAAAACUGAAGAGUAGGAGUGAAAUCCUUUAAGUUUUUAUAGACAUGAUAUUGCUUUUUUAAGUGCCUCAUCCUUAAUAUGGAUCUCUUGUGUAUUGAUUUCUAGUUUAUGUUUCUAAUAUAAAUAGGAUAAUAAAUAUCCUUCUAUGUCCCUGGGUACGGCAAAUGGUUAAACAGGCGCUCAGUUAUUAACUGUAAGGUUGGUGGUCCCAAUCCAUGCAGAGGCACCUUGGAAGAGAGCCCUCACAAUGUAUUUCCACAAAAUCAGCUGUUCAAAACCCUAUAGAGUGCAGUUCUAUUAUGAAACCCAUGGGGCCCCAUGAGUUGGAAUUGCCUUAAUGGCAGCUGGUUUGGUUUUUGGUUUUUAUGUAAUUUUUCAGCUAUAUAGAUAUAUAUAUUUUUUGUUGUUAUAUAAAACUUUAAUUGUACAGUAAUAUAAAACAUGUCUCAUUUGCAUUACAAUGUCUUUUGGACCCAGAGGUUUUUUUUUUUUCAAUGUGCAUCGUGGUAUAAUUUUACAUGAAAAGUUUCUGAUUCCUACUUUCCAUUAUGUUUCUAAUAUGUAGUGAUGAUAUGAGACUUUGGUAUUGUUCAAAUUUCUUUUCUGGUUUACUGUUGAAGAUACUGGAAUUGGCUGACUUGAUAUGUACCUUCCCCUUCAUUCUUUAGUAUUAGAAGGCAUAUCUCAAACAUUUGUUUGUUUCUAGUCAAUACCACAUACCAUUUUUAUAACAAAUUAGAAACUGGAAGAAGAUAUUGAAAGAGGACAGCUUUGUGUAAGUUAUGUUCAUAUUUUGAGCUUUGUUCACUGUCCUUGACCUUGGUUGGAAAUCUGACAUGAUGCAUUGAGUUGAGAAACCUUGUAGCAUAAAGAUGAAAGCUAGGGUACAGGUGGUUCUACUGAAUUUCAUUGUUCUAAAAGGGUGGGGGUAAUAAUAUUAGUAGUAAUAGCAUCAGUAUCUGUCUAACUUCACAAAGGGAAAUGAUGAGAAUCACCAUCAGUAUAAAGCUGAUUCCCAUGAAGUGAAGGUGAGACAUACCUCCACUCCCCAACCUUUACCAGUUCUGACACUAGCUGCCUACCCCAUGCCACAGGCUACUAUUUUGCUGGGUUUGAUAAUCCGUGGCAAUGGCCACACGUGACUCACAGACCAUGCUUACAAUUAAGUGGUUUAUUAAGGAACAGGGUACAAUUUGGGGUCAGGAUCAGCAGGCUACAACUCAGGAUGAGGAUCAAGAAGCAUUCAGACAAACUCUCACUUCUUAAUGCAGGAUAGCUCUCUGAACUUCUCUUGACCAUGCAGACUUACUUUUAGCCUCUUGAGGACAGGCUCCUCUUGGCCCUGCCAUCUGUCACCACCACCUCUGCUCCUGGGCCCCUCCUAGCCCUCUUGCUGUCUUCAGUGUUACAGCUCUUGACCAAUAUUACAGCUCUUUUAGGGGGGUCCUUGCCUCCCCUCUCUCUCUGCAUCUUUUCUUUCUUCCUUCUGCCUGUCUUCCUGCUUCUUUCUGUCUCUGUAAAGACCUCUCUGGGGCUUGCUGUACAUAUAUAUAUGUGUAUAUAUAUAUAUAAACACAUACAGAUAUAUACACACGCAACUUCUUGUCAAUUUCAAGGCAUGGCCUUUCCCUGUGGGGGCCACAAACGGACAAAUCCCCUCUCUGUAGGACACAGACACUUCAUUUGAAUAGUAGGCAAGGCUGGGCCACAACUCACCUUAUGUGCAUAAUCUAUAGACCAAUCCCUGCAGGGUGCAUACCAAUCACAAGAAAUGUCAAUCAACCUGGAUAAAAGUAACACACCCUCUGGGGUAGGAAACUAGGGCAACUGUAACUCCUCAGGGCUUAGGGGAAAACUCUCUCAAGCUGUUUUUCCAAAGAACCAAGGCAAAAGACCACAUAAAGGAACUCCUUUCACCACAACUGUCAUCAUGGGUAAAUUUGGGAGCUACAUCUCCCAGAGUCUCUGUUUGUGGUUCUGGGUUAAAGUUCAUGAGAAGGGGAAGGUGCACAAGUGAGCGUUGGAAGGCAGAAGUGAAGAAGCCAUUCCUCUCCGUUCUGUUGAGCCAUCAGGAGAGAGAGAUGCAUAGGAACCUGGUAGCCUAGGUUACAGCUCAUCUUUGACGUCUGGCUUCAUCACUUAAGAACAGCUCAAACCACACAUUGGGUGUUUGACUUUGGUUCCCUCCUAGGCAGCAGCUUCUGCUGGCUUUUCCAGAAGGUACCUUCUUUGUUGCUCAGGUACACAUUGCUUCAGGCUGUUGUAGUGAGUGAUCUCUUAUCCUCUGAACCCUUUCAUCACCAGCUCUUUCAUGUCAUGUGAUCUUGUAAGCACCUUGUUCCUGCAAUACAUAGUUCUAGUCCCAGAUUCCACCAUGACAGAUUUAAUGCUGCUGCCAAAAAUGCAGGAAACGUAGUGAUCUGAUGGCUUUGUUAGGAGGCUGCACUGACCAUGGACUGAUUGUUUCUGACAUUUGCAUGAUUGAAAUUAUCAUUUGAAAUAUGUUUGGCAAGUCAUGAGAGUUUUCUGUUGCAACUGAAUGCCAUCUCUAAGUGAUAAAUCUAACAUAUUUGAUUACUUUCACUUUUUUAUGUGGUAACCCAGUGUUUAAUUCCUUUGAUUUUUUAUGUGUGAUAGAAAACUAUUAGCAUUUUUUCAUCAGACAUAGUUCUGUACAUGUUUCCUAGAAAAUCUUACCUAGGUUUUAAAAUCUGUUUUAUAGCUACAAAUGUCAUUGUUAUGUUUUAUGUUUCAUUAGCUGAGAUGGUAUAUCAAAAUAUUCUAUCCUGAUUAUGGAUUGGUAAUUCACCCUUGUGAUUAUUUCUGUUUUUUUUUUUUAAUUAUGUUCUAGGUUAAUAGUACUAAAUAAUACACCUUUUCACAUUUUUCUUUCUGGUGUGUUUUUCUCUAAUUCCUGUAUCGUUCCCAUCUUUUUCCAUUAAAAUGACUUUAUAUUCAUUGCUAAUAGUGAAAAUAUUGCUCAUGCCAAUGUCCUCCAGCCAAAGAACACCAGGAACACAUCCACGAUGGGCAAACAAAGUUGAGACUCCUGAGUUACUGCAAAGGCAGGAAGCACAUGCCUUCAGGUGACCUUGGGUGUCUCAGUAGGAGGGUCUUCUAAGACUUUGGAGGGUGUUUGGCCGUUUUGGGGAAGGUACAACAAAUUAGAGCUUUUCACUGGGUUGGAAGCAAUCAGGAAAGGCGCGUAAUUCCGUGAAUGGGAAUCUUAAUAAUUUGUAUCUACAAUGUUAGGAAAACAGACUGAAGUUCCAUGAGUCACAAUCCACUCGAGAGCAACUGGUUGAUUGUAACUCAUGGAGCUUCCGUCUAUUUUUCCAACGUUAUAGGUAGCUGUUACUGGAAAGGGGCAGCAGUCACCCCGUUGGCCAGGAUAGAACUUGGUUGGUCUUUUUUGUGCUUUAGAUGAUGUCCUGGUUUCUCUAUCUGCUCAGAGAUCAUUAUGGAGUGGCCAUGCUUUUGUCCUGACCCAUCAUGGUCACAGAGUAGCCAUGUCUCAUACUGGCGUUUCAUGAAGCUGUUUGUGUUCAACAGAUGACACCUUGUCUGUGAAUGUCUGGCCAGUGCCUAGCAACGCCAAUACAUUAGGAUCAUGCUAGGUCCCAUCUAUCUUGUUGUUUUCUUUUAAAUAAUAUUUUAUUGUGUUUUUACUGAAAGUUUACACAGCAAAUUAGGUUCCUGUUCAACAAUUUCUAUACAAAUUGUUUAGUGACCUUGGUUACAUUUUUCACAAUGUGUGAACAUUCUCAUUCUGGUAGGUUCAUUUCUAGUAAUCUAGUUUCCCUGCACCCUUACCUUCUCCUCUUUGUUUGAGAGUAAUUGUUGACCACUUAUUCUCAUAUAGAUGAUUUUUUAAAAGAGUGCAGUACUCUUGAAUGAUACUCUUUAUUUUGUGAGCCAAUCUCUUAUUUAGCUAAAAGGUGACCUUGGAAUAGUUUUGGUUUAAGGUUUAAAGAGUAUCUCAGGGCAAUAGUCUCAGGGAUCCUCUAGUCUUAACUGGUCCAAUAGGUCUGGAUUUUUCAAGAAUUUGAGGUUCUGUUCCACCCUUUUCUCCCAUUCUAUCAAGAUCCAUCUAUUGUGGCCCUGAUCAAAAUGAUUGGUAGUUUUCAUUGUGUAAGUCUUUUACAUCUCUGGAUAGGUUUGUUGUUGUUGGGUGGCAUCGAGUGGGUUCUGACUCAUAGUGACCCUGUGUACAACAGAACGAAACACUGCCCUGUCCUGCGCCAUCAACAUGAUUAUUGUUACGGUUGAACCCAUUGUUGCAGCCACUGUGUCAAUUCAUCUCAUUGAGGGUCUUCCUCUUUUUUCACUGACCCCCUACGUUAUCAAGCAUGAUGUCCUUCUCCAGGGACUGAUCCCUCGUGAUAACAUAUCCAAAGUAUGUGAGGUGAAGUCUCACCAUCCUUGCUUCUAAAGAGCAUUCUGGGUGUACUUUUUCCAAGACAGAUUUGUUUGUUCUUUUGGUAGUUCAUGCUAUAUUCAGUGUUCUUUGCAAACACCAUAAUUCAAAGGUGUCAGUUCUUCGGUCUUUCUUAUUCAUUGUCCAGCUUUCGCAUGCACAUGAGGCAAUUGGAAACACGAUGGCUUGGGUUAGGCUCACCUUAGUCUUUAAGCUGACAUUUUGCUUUUUAACAGUUUAAAGAGGUCUUUUGCAGCAGAUUUGCCCAAUGCAAUGCAUCGUUUGAUUUCUUGACUGCUGCUGCCAUGAGCGUUAAUUGUGGAUCCAAGUGAAAUGAAAUCCUUGACAACUUCAAUCUUUUCUCUAUUGUGAUAUUGCUUAUUGGUCCAGUUGUGAGGAUUUUUGUUUUCUUUAUGCUGAGGUGUAAUCCGUACUGAAGGCUGUGGUCUGUGAUCUUCAUCAGUAAGUGCUUCAUCUUAGUUGCUAUUUGUCAAUUCCUGGACCCUCGUUUUUCGUCAGUGCUUUCAGUGCAGCUUUGACCUCUUCCUUCAGUACCAUCGGUUCCUGAUCAUAUGUUACCUUCUGAAAUGGUUGAACAUCAACCAAUUCUUUUUGGUACAGAGACUCUGUGUAUUCUUUCCAUCUUCUUUUGAUGCUUCCUGUGUUGUUUAAUAUUUUCCCUGUAGAAUCCUUCACUAUUGCAGCUCAAGGCUUGAAUUUUUUCUUUAGUUCUUUCAGCUUGAGAAAUGUCAAGCGAGUUCUUCCCUUUUGGUUUUCUACUUCUGGGUCUUUGCACAUGUCAUUAUAAUACCUUGCCUUCUCAAGCCACUCUUUGAAAUCUUCUGUUCAGCUCUUUUACUUAUUCAUUUCUUCCAUUUGGUUUAGCUACUCUGUGUUCAGGAGCAACUUU